AUGGUUGACCAACGGCAGGCUAUAGUCAACGAAAUUUAUGCAACCGAGGAAUCGUACAUUACUAAGAUGCAUGUAUGUCUCGAAGUCUAUAAACCGAAGUUACAGGCCAACUUGAGUUUGAUUAAACAAGAAGACAUCGACACUCUUUUCGAGCACUACGACGAGAUCCUCCAAAUCAAUGAAAAGUUCUAUUCGACACUUAAGAGCUAUAAAGAGAAUGGGACACUCGACAAGAAGAUAGGAACGACUUUUAAAAUGUUCACUCCAUUCUUUAAAGUCUAUUUUCUAUAUAUUUCUCACUACAACUCAACAGUCGAAAUCCUCGCGACACACGAUAAAAACGAAAAGUUCUUUAAGUUGAUCCAGGACAUAUCUAAAACGACGGAAAACUUGGACUUGAGAAGUUAUCUUAUUAUGCCUGUACAAAGACUCCCAAGAUACAAACUCUUGCUCCAGGAACUCUUGAAAAAUACAGAGAACACGCACGAGGAUUAUAUGAAUAUUAAAUCGGCGUUUGAAAUGAUACAAAACGUCGCAAAAGAGGUCAACGACAGAACGAAAGAGACUGAAAAGAAGUCAGCAGUGUAUAAAGUGAGUCGACUGAUUGAAGGACUUGACGACUUGGACUUGAACGAUGUCCCAAGAGAAUUGGUGAAAGAGGGGAUGCUUGUCAAAGUGUGUCGAUCCGGGAACAAAAAUAGAUUCUUUUACUUGUUCACCGAUGUUAUGAUCUAUGGAGUCGGAAACCAACACAUCACCGUCAGCGAAUGGUUCUAUAAUCGACACGUCGUCCUCGAGGACGAUAUAAGAUAUCAAAACGCGUUUUCUAUUAAAAACGACGUCAAGAGUUUUACAGUGAUUUGCGAUAGCACGGAGGAAAAGAAGAAGUGGGUGGAUGCGAUCAACAGGUGCUCGAACGAACAGAGAAAGUUAUUUGCGGGGGAACAAAUCAUCACGAAGUCGGUGUACAAAAAGAACGAGUGCAAGACAUGUGUUUUGUGUGGUGGCAUUUUUUCGAUGGGGAAUAGAAAGAGGCACUGUGCGAUGUGCUCGAAAUGUGUUUGUGCGAACUGUAGCAAAGGAAAGAUUCCACUGCCACCGAAGAAUGAUAUCGAGCGAGUGUGCGACGCUUGCUUCUUCAAAGUGACGGGACAGCGAAUGUGCAAUGAAAUUAAAGGCGAUGAAAAAAAGAUGGACAUCACUGUCAUUGGCAACUUGGAAUUUUCGACACAAAACGAGAAGAAGACGAAACGAAGAAAACGUCAGAAAAGUGUUGAUGAGCAGUUGGGAAUCAAAACAAAAGGAAGAAAAAGAAUGGAUAGUAAAAUUGAAGAACUACUUGUCUCCCCUCGACCAAUCCAACAGAACAAUGUCUUCUUCGACUUUGUUGGCGAGAGUUCUGAGGAGAAGUUGACAGAACAAAUUGAACAAGGAACGACUAAAAGUGAGAAAGAAGUUUUAACACCAAACCCCACACCAACAUUUGUAACACCGAAGAUAUCAACCACACAAACACCUAAACCUUUUGUCCAACAAUUUGAAAUACAAAUUGUAACCGCUCAACCAUUACAAGAAGUGAAAACAGAGGUGAAUUACCCAACAAAAACACCAUCACCCGCUGUGACAAUGAAAACAAAAGACCUCUACGCACUCAUUCAAAACGAAAUUGGAAAUGAUGCUAAUAUUUCACCAAGAAGUACUCCACAACAAACAUUACCAAGUGCUCAACCACAAAAUGUAUAUGACUUUACUCGGAAAGAUGACUUAGUUGUCAGUCCAUUAUUUAAAAUGUCUCCACUCCCUCCAAACGUUGUCCACCCAACAGACCAAAGGAAGGUGAAGGUUUGUGUGAACAAAGAGGACCGCCUCAGUUUGAUCAAAGGAGCUCCGAAGCAAAAUGUCUGUCCAGUUGACGACAAGUCUUCCGAGUGCACUGUCUUUAUGCAGAGAAAAAGGAUGUUUGAGAACAGGAUACAAGUUGCGUCCGAGGAGUGCAAGAGAGAUUUUUGUCUUAGGAGAUCCCUCUCAAAGUUGUAA